CAAGCGCCUAGAGCUUGGUUUGAACGUCUUACUGCAUUCUUGAUUGAGAAUUCUUUUACUCAAGGGGGGAUAGAUAAAACUCAAUUUAUUAAACAAGUAGAUGGUAAAAUUCUUCUUGUGCAAAUAUAUGUGGAUGAUAUAGUCUUUGGAUCUACUGAUCCAUCUCUUUGCACUGACUUCUGUGACACUAUGCAAUCUGUUUUCGAUAUGAGCAUGAUGGGAGAGCUUAAAUUUUACCUUGGUCUUCAGGUUAAGCAAACUUCCUCAGGAAUUUUCAUUAAUCAAUCCAAGUAUCUUCAGAACAUGCUUAAUAAGUUCGGUUUUAAUAACCUUAAGUCUAGCAAUACCCCAAUGGCUGUUAACCUUAAUCUAGAUCGGGAUGAAUCAGGGGUUUCUGUCGAUGAAAAAAAGUAUAGAGGCAUGAUUGGAUCACUGCUCUAUCUCACUGCAAGCAGACCAGAUAUUCAUUAUAGUGUGUGCAUAUGUGCUCGAUUCCAGUCAGCCCCUAUAAGGAGAGUCAUCUAACAGUAGUAAAAAGAAUUUUUAGAUACUUAAAAGGGACUCCUGAGGUUGGUUUAUGGUACCCUAAACACAACAAUUUUUCUCUAAUAGGCUAUAGUGAUUCAGACUUUGGGGGUAGCCUAACUGAUAGGAAAAGCACCACUGGUACGUGUCAGUUCGUAGGAACGUCUUUAGUGCCUUGGUCCUGUAAAAAGCAAGGUGUUGUUGCCCUCUCCACUGUUGAGGCAGAAUAUAUUGUCGCGAGCAGUUGCUGUACCCAACUCAUUUGGCUUAAAAAUCAGCUUAGGGAUUAUAAUGUGCUUGCUAAGUCCAUACCUCUCCUAUGUGAUAAUACCAGUGCCAUUUGUAUGGCAAAAAAUCCGGUCCAGCAUUCAAGAACUAAACAUAUUGAGGUUAAGUAUCACUUCAUUAGAGAUUUAGUUCAGCAGAAUACUAUCACUAUUAGUCACAUUCCUACAAAAUAUCAAUUAGCGGAUCUGUUUACCAAAGCCUUGAAUGCUGAUCGAUUUACCUUCAUUUGUUACGAAAUAGGGCUGAGAUCUCCAGACAAUCUGGAAGAUCUUUCCUGAUUUUUCGUCUGCUUUACUGCUCUGUUUUAAUUUCCUUGUUUUGCUGCAUUUUCUUUCCAUGUUUUGUGACUUGCUUCUUUGAAUUCUUCUUUUAUUAGCUUCUAGUUCUCUAUUUAAGUCUGUUGUGUCUUCCUUCUUCGUCAUUACUUCAAAAUCGUUAAGGUUCUUUCUAGUUAAUAGCUAUGGUGAUCGGGUUCUCGAAAACUUUCACAGGUACUCUCUUUCACGACCCCAUUCCUGCCAACUCUCAUCGUCACUCCAUCUCAUUUGCUCAUCGUCCUCUUGUUCCAACCUAUCAUGUCCCUUUUGCUGAUCUCAUUGAGUACGGUGUUGACGUUACUCAAUAUGUUCAUAAUCUGGGUUGGGACUGCUUGAUUAUUGACACCCCUGAGCAUAUCUGUGUUGAAGGUGUUCGUAUGUUUUAUUCAAACUUUCGGUCAUUUGGGCUUCAUACUCGCACAUUCACUACUUUGAUCCAUGGUAACCUUGUCACUAUACCUCUUGAGGAUCUUAGGCGUCUCCUGAAUAUCCCUAGGUUUGGAAGAUUCUGGCCAAUGACUCUGAAUUCCAUCAUUUUAACUUUGAUAUUGUUCAUGAGUUUGUUAUGCUCAUUGCUCAUGAGCCUAUUGCAUAUCUUACUCUGCCUGUUGCAUUCUUGCUCCCUGGCCUUUGCACGUUUCACUUUCUGUUGACUCGACGUUUUCUUCCUCGCACUAUCAUGCUUGAUCGAGUUACCCCUCUGGAUCUUUGGGUUCUUACUCAUGCUGUUCACAAUGUACCACUUGACUAUUGUCACUUCCUGUUUGGACAUCUAUAUCCUUUCCAACAGUUUGAGUAUCUUGGUCACCUCCCUUUUGGUCCCCUUAUUACUCGUCGUAUUAUUCGUCUUGAGAUCUCUAUAGACCCCUUUCGUGUUAUCACUCCCAACAUCUACCUCACUGCUGAUGAUAUCCUGGACGAGAUUGCGAUUGUCGUUGAGGGGGAGGAUGAUACUGAUGAUGAUACUGAAGAUGAUACUGAAAACUCUGACGACGAAGGACCGGUAGAGGACCUUGCUGACAAUCCUGGAGAUGAGGAGGAAAACCCUUCUGGCGAGCCUAAAGGAGACGAAUCUGGCAUUAUAGUUCACUGGAUCAGCAGUGAUGAUUCUGAAAACGAUGAUUCUGAUGACCCGCCGUUGGCGACUGUCUUGGCUGAUCUCAGGGAUGCGUAUAAUUCUGAUUGAAUCUCUCUGUUAUGCGAAAUCGUUUAGCUUUGAUCGGUUUUGUAGUUUUGUUUGACAGGCUGUUCUGUUAGGUUGCUAAACCUAUUUGUUUUCCUUGCUGUGUUGAACUGAACUGGUUUGCUGGACGUGUUGUUUCACCAGCUGUUAUUUAGACGCUUUUGAACCUUUCGACCGUGUGUACUUGGCUGCUCUAUAUUGCUAUUUCUUGGAAAGAGUAUAGUUGUUUUGCAGGGAUCAAUCGGAAAAUCAGCAAUCUCUAACUUAGGGGGAGAUUGUUGGAUUGAAAGAUUCCAAUCAAAUCAAGUCAGAAUUUCCCUCUCUGAAAAGGAAGAGUCAAAUAAAAUCAAGCCGAAAUCAAGGGGGAGCUGAUCAAUGGAAUCAAGGGGGAGUUGAUCAAUGGAAUCCUAAACCUCCCCUGUCUGAAACGAUUCAAAAGACAGAACUACAACGACUAUAUUGAACAACUAUUUAAAGGAAAGUCGGAGACCAUUUUAUGUACUGAUUCUGGUAUUCUUUGUGGAAUAGGGCAAAGGGUUGGGGAAUUGCAGUGGCUUUGAUCACAACUGAGGAAUAGGUUCAGUUGGUCAAAGGUGUAGCGAAUUCCUAUGCGAAUUCCAGUCUUGUUACCAUCGCUUUGAUUUUCACAUUUGUGUCUGUAUUUGAGUCUUUCUGUUCUUCUUUAUAGAGUCAAGAAAAUCAAAGUGUCUCUCAGAAUAGUAGACGGGACGAGGAGUAACCCUAUGGUGAACCUCGUUAAAAAUUUCGUAGCGUUCUUUACUUUCUGCACUCUCCUUUGAUCGUUUCCAACUUCCCAUGUUUUGUGCGUCUCUGUUCUGGUUCGCUUGGCUCAGCGAAGAAGAACUUGUUCUCUCUUUCUUCUGAGUAAAGAUUUGGGCCUAUAUGGAAGUUAAGCCCAAUGUCUUUCCAUUCUGAUCAGUGGGCUUAUCUUUAAACGGCCCAACCAAAACCAGCUCUUAUGAGAUGGGUUAAAACCAUUUUGGUCUAAUUAGGGUCGAUUCAAUUGCUGACUAUUUCAGUCAAAAUCCCUAAUUGUUCUCGUUCCAUAUCCGUUUCACGAAUUCUUCUCUUUUACAUCUACUCCAGGUUCACCCGCGACCCAGGCCCCAUCUCCAUCGGCGACGUUUUCCUCUGCGUCUCAGUGGCCAUCCCGAAGGUGAAACCCUCGUCGGUGAACUCUGUCAACCGUCAGGUGUGUACCGUUGAUUGGUGAUGUCGUCGAGGCUGACUCUCGGAGGACCGUUUUCACUCGGAUCUGGAGCUCGAAUCCGACGCCGUCUCUGUUUGUCCCCAGCCACUUGAUUUCCCCCCAUUUCUUCCACAAUUCCGGUGGAGAGCGAUUGCAUCGUGAAGGAGGACCGUGGCUGCGGGUUGCUGUUGAAUUUGGCAGUGGAGUAGUGGGGAUUGGGUUGAAUUAGCUGAAACCCCUAUUCCCUUCCUCUUCCCGCGGUUCUCAAAUUCGCUCCGAAUAGCGAGGCGGAGGAAGAAUAAGAUGCGUUGGGUUCCGAUUACCUAGUGGAGAAUGGGAGGAAGUCGGCCGGUGCUGGAGCGGGAUUGUGAGGCAGAGUCAACGGCGAGGAGGGUUUGAGUGGUUUGGAGCUUGGUGGAGAAUCAAAGAGAGUAAUAUGCAACCCCCGAUCUUCCUCUGCUUGGAAUUUUUUUCAAUUUUUUUAAUUAAUAUAAAUGAUAUGAAAGCCACGUCAUUGUCACCUGGAUGCUGAGUCCACAUCAUUUGUCCAUUAUUUUAAAAAGUUGGUCAAAAUUAUAUUAUUUGAAAAUUUGAACAAUUUUGACACUUACACCAAAUUUCGGACCAAACUACAGCCAAAUAACAUCCCUUCCAUUUUUCUCCCGUCUCAGAUGCUCUCAAGGUCAAAAGCAGAGCAACCAACACUGUCCACUAGGUUCUUUAGCAAUCAAAUCAACAAAACUGAGCAACCAACACUGUUGGGAAUAAGGUUAGUGACGUUCU